AAUUUUACCGAAUCGCAGAGUGAUCGUGCUGAUAACGUGUUAUAAAAAAAACUAGAAUUUUAUUGUAUCGAGGAAAUUUAAAUAAGGGCAAAAUUUUAUACCCGUAUGAGAAGAUAACACUGAUAAUAAGAGAGGAUGUGUUAUUAGAAGGAGAAGGAAUGGUGUGUCUAUAAACGAUCGAAACGAUCGUUUAUAUAGAAGAGAAAUUAACUGUGCAAAUAGUGCAACGGGCCCCACAUCCUUUAUAAUUUUCAACAUAUGCGGCUCAUAACACAUUCAUCGUUGUUCUGUGUUGGCUCGUUAGGGUUUCCGAAUCUCACUUGUUUUUCCUUUCUCCUGUCUUGUGACGUUCUUUGUUUAAAUAUUUUGGCCGAGAAACAUGGUUUCUAGGUUAAGUAAUGAGAAGCCAAUCGUGUACGAGACUAAAGAGCAUCAUGUUCGUCCUGAUUCGAGCAAGACAGAUGUUCUUUCACUAGAACCAAUCGACCAUCUCAAGAUUUUUGAUCAUAUAAGAAAUAUCAAAGAUCCAGAGCGCCCUUCUUCUUUGGAACACCUCAAAGUACUUACAAAAGACUCAGUCGAAGUGGAUGAUGACAAGAGUUAUGUUAGGGUUACAUUCACUCCAACUAUGAAACUUUGUGGCAUGACUACCUUAAUCGGUCUUUGUGUCCGCGUGAAACUUAUGCGAAACCUUCCUGGGCGAUACAAAGUUGAUAUAAGAGUAGCACCCGGUACUCAUGCAACAGAGGCUGCAGUCAAUAAACAACUAAACGACAAAGAACGUGUGUCCGCUGCAUUAGAGAAUCCAUACAUCGUGGAGAUCGUCGAUGAAUGUCUUUCCCAUCAUUUAAAUGUUGCUUGAUGCCCUCAAGGUUCGCUAUCGUGAUAUGUCUCUGCUUCUACCGCAAAGAUUUUCAUCAACUAGGACUUAUCUUGUGUUCAGUUUAUUGUUUCGAUCUAGACUUAGAACUUAUCCAUGGAAUGAUAAUUGAUAUGACCCUAUUCUUAGGCAUUUUCUGUCUUAGAAAGGAAACAACGAGAAGAAGAUUAAUAUUUUUGGAAA